AUGCUCGCCACACAGUUAAACCAUUUGAUUGAUGAAAACAAACUGGUCAACAAUACUGUAAUCCGCGUUAGGAAACAUGUUUGUAAUAACAUUCAAAAUAAUAAAGUUGUCCUCAUUGUUUUGGAUCUUGAUAUACUUGGGACGGAUGAUUCGUCAGAAGCGGAGAAUUUCGAUGGUGCAAGUCAUCCUGUCAUAGUUAUAAAAGCGGCAAAAAUAUCUGAUUUUAAUGGUCGCUCUUUAUCUGUGAGCCCAACAUCAUCCCUUCUUAUUAGUCCUACAAAUAUUCCUGAAGCUAUACGACUAAAAGGUUGGUAUGAACAUGAAGGUCGCUACUCUAACUUUGAAACCUUCCGUAGUGAAAUGGUUGGAUCUUCAGGAGGAGCAGAUGGUGUAUCUAGUUCAUGUCAAAGCAUCUGUGUGGGAGCUAAUGUAAAAGCAGAUUAUUUCACUUGUAAAGCCACUGUUGUAUUCAUGAAAAAGGAGAAUUUCAUGUAUCAAGCUUGCUCUACUGAAGGAUGUAAUAAGAAGGUGAUUGAUUUAGGCAAUGGGCUAUAUCGAUGUGAAAAAUGUGCUAGGGAAACACCUGAUUGUAAAUGGCGCUUGCUUCUUAUGGCCAAAAUUGCUGACGUCACUGGAGAUUUAUGGGUUACAUGUUUCCAAGACGCUGCUGAAGCUUUACUGGGACAGACAGCUGAAAAGUUGGGCACUAUAAAGUCAACACAAGAUGAAACACAGUUGGAAAAAGUGUUCAUCGAGUCAGCAUUUAACUCAUGGAUAUUUCGUUUACGAGCUAAAGUUGAUCGUUAUAAUGACGAAGAACGUUUACGUGUUGUUGUUGCAGAUGUUAAACCGGUAGAUUUGAUUGAUUAUUCUAGGCGUUUAUUAAAAGCCAUAAAUGAUCUAUCAGCAACUUUAUCUAUUCAGUAA